CCAACUUCCAACCAGCACAGAGGAAAAAGAGGAAGAUUGCAUUGCAUUGUUGCGGCAGAAGAAGUUGGGAAAUUGUGAAUCAGUAGGCUAAUAAGUAAUGGAGUUUUAUGCUGAGGAAGGAAAGAAUUUGAGCUCAGAUAACUCCACUAUAGUUCUGCCGGCCCUAUCCGUAGGGAAUGUAGGGCAACUAGCAGUGGAUCUUCUAGUAGCUUCGUUGAGAGCUGAAAGAAUUGGUUACCUGGACGAUCCAAAUGUUGUUCCUUGCGUUGGUAAUGAUGCCUAUUGCCCUUCCCCACCCGGUGAACUCGCUCUUCCUCUUGAAGUAUACGAAUCAUCUCCUGAUGCAUUGGCUCUUGUUCAACAGAGGUCUCCUAUUGUUAAGGGUAUGAUGGUUGAAUUUGCUAGGAACUUGGCAAAUUUUGCUGCUGCAAAUGGGAAGAAACAUGUUAUUGUGCUCUCUAGCUUGGAGUUUGGGCGUUGGCAGCACAUUGAUAUGUCAAGUGGAUCGCAGAUUCAUUACCUUUCUAGUUCCAACUCAGAUGGAACAGACAAUCACUGUGAAAAACUGGGCUGGAAGAGAUUGCCAGAGUAUAAUCCUGCACAGAGAAUGUGGAAGCAUUUAGAUGAUUUAGCCAAAAAUACUGCCUCGGAGGUAGAGGAAUUGCCUUUUGAAGAGCUGGGAGAUGAGGAUUACUAUGCCAGUUUGCCUUAUGCUGCGUUGUUCUCUUGUUUUAAGGCCAAAGGUUUGAAGGUCACUUGUCUACUGUGUUAUUGCUCCGAGGGAGACAACAUUCCUGAUGCUUUCCAUUUAGCUGAUGCUGUAUCAAAAGCUCUGGGGCUCAGACCUAAUAGUUCUCAAGAUAAUGAAGUUGAAAGCUGGACUGUGCCGUUCUCGUGGAAGAGUGUGUAUGGUCCUCCACCAGAUAUGUCUCUUUUCUAGGCUACUUUGGAGCAGUUUUAAGUCUGCUGUUAUAUCCUUUGUGGCCUUUUGGCUAUGAUCACGUAAAAGUUAUGUCUGCGGUUCACUUCGGGUUGUACAAGUUUAAUUUGUAGUUUGAAAGUGUUCGCCAUCACAAUUUUAACUGAAUUGAGUAGAUAAGUAAUUUGAACUCAGAAUUAUCAUUUGCAACGCAGUUAAAUCAGAAGAUUGUUGAAAUAUUAAGUAUUGUAAAAUUUCUCGUUGAAGUUGAAACAGAGUAUUUAUAGUUGAAGUUGAAAGAGUA